AUGCAAGGCCACAGCUCUCUCCGAGCCAUCACCAACCGCCUGACAGUAACACCGGCCGAAGAUCUACCUCGAAUCUGCGGGUUUCUGGCAAACCAACUGGCAAAUUGUUCCCUUGAAUCUCAAUUCUCCGACCUGAAGGGCAGCAGUUCCUCUGUGGCCGCCCACAAGUUGAAGACUCGGAUCAGUGCUCUGCUUCAGGACAGGACUGCUUCUGGACGACUUACCGCUGCGGUCCUCAUCAAAGCUGUCGUGGAGAAUGGCGGGCAAAACGUCUUGUCUGCUUCCGAGAGCUGGGCCAGAGGACUGCUUGGCUGUUUGAAUAAGCCCGACGCCAACGAGAUCAAGAAGCUCUAUCUGGUUACCAUCACCCGCAUCUUCCUCCUUACACAAGACCAGCCUCAUCUGGUGCGGGAGAUCACAACGCCCCUACUCCCGCACUUCAUCAAAACCUGCCUCGGCCUGAUCAAGCCCCAUGAGACCCAAAUCGGUGGGCGGUCCGCACGAGUUCCUAGCCCACUGCUGGAUACGGUACUGAAAUGCUGGGCUCAGCUCCUGCCUCAGCAUGCACCGGUUUUCCGCCCCGAGCUUGCGCGUAUCAAGGCAGUUUGCCAUGGCGUGGUCGGCGCUGAGGGAUCGUCUAUCUCGUCCAGAGAUCUAGCGAUCAGACUCCUGUGUCUUCUGUUGUCGUGCGCUCCUAAAAACUCCCUUCCUCAGGAAUGGUCUCAAACAGCCACCAAAAUCAUCAAUAGCGCCCACGAGACCGCUGACAACCUUUUUAGAGCGGUGCUGGAAGAAUACGAAUCUAAUGACCCUGCUCGGCAGAAGUCAAUUGGCAAACAAGAUUUUUCCAAGGAACCACGUCUUGCAGGAAACGAUUCAGUAGGGCUGGGUCCCUGGAACGGUAUCCAUCAGGGCAGCAUGAGGCUUUCGGCAUUGUUGACCUGGCUCGGAAGUCUCCUUUCCACCCCUACAUCUCAGGCCGUGGCCGUUCCGGUCGGUGCGGUAAUUGACCUGACCACCCGGAUUUCAGCAAUGACCGAUCCUCCCAGCCCGGAGCCCUUGAGAUACCACAAAGAGGCAAGUAAGGAGGAGAAGGAGGAACUCAGAAUGUAUCUUCCUUCGCUUCACGUCUCUUGCCUCCAUCUCCUGUAUGUCAUGUGUAGGAAAUAUGGGCUGCUGGUACUGCCUAUGCAUCGGUCUAUUGCCAGCCAAGCCAUAGGCUUGCUUCAGGCGCUACCUUCCCAUGAAGGCAUCAGACAAGGCGUAUACGACAUAUUUGGCUAUCUGAUGGAAGAUUCCAAUCCGAAUGAAUUGGCGCUGUCUCGCGAUCAGGUUGCGGUAUCGGUUACAGAAUGCUGCCACGAUUUGAGAAGGGGGAUCCCGGGCUUAGACACCCACACCGAUGCAAAUGACGCCACGGACGGCGCACUGAGGGUGAAACCUGAUCACACCAGGAGCAGUGCACAGGAGAAAAGCACAAGAGAUACGCGCACCUCUCCCUGGGAUUGUGGUGUACAGGCGAGCGCUUGGAGCCUCUUGCCGAAGCUCCUGAAGCGCGCACCGACAUCUUUGAUACCGCGUCAGCUGAGGGCUGAGAUGGACAGGCUGUCCGUAUUGCUCGAUCAUCGAGAAGCUAUGCUCUCAAGUGUGAUGCGCCCUGUGCUAUCAAAGGGCGGCAAAGCCAGCACCCCUAGCCUGCUGCCAUUUCUGGCCAGAUCUGCGGGCAACGAUCUCGCUGUCGAGGCACUAUUCAGGCCUCGAAUGCCUGUCAUACAGAUAGGAGCGUCUGCCGGGCCCGAUCCUUCGGUGUCUCAGCUCUCAACAGAUCAAAGAAGCGAAGAACGUGAUCCUGAUCAUGCUGACGAUGCAUCGUCCCAAAGCGACGACUCUAUGAGCGAACAAGGCUCCAGCUCACUCAAAGACGAUGGUGACCAUGAGACAGGGGAAGGAGUUAAGAACACAGAGGACCGUGGACCGGUGCCGGAUAUUGGUACCAAGAAACGCACAUUCGUCGAUAUCGCCGAGACUCCCGAAGAAGCUGUCCCCGCAGAAGAAGCUGCUGAUAGACGGGAGGUCAAACGGCCGCGCCCAGAGGAGACGGCGAUGCAGGUGCGGCCUUCAGCGCCGCAAGGGGACUCUAUGGUAGAAGAGGAGGCCACCGAACCAAAGCUGACCAGCUCUCGAAUCGGUGGUGUGAGUCAAGCGCAGGCGAGACUCUCAGCUUCACAGACAGUCUUUGAGCCAUCUGCAACCAGGCUGCCUGCUGCAGAUCAUGAUGGCGAAGACAGCGACGACUCCGAAAUCCCCUCGAUCGAUGCUGGGUUUGAUACUGACGAAGAGGAGGAAGAGGAUGACGAUGAGGAGCAGUGA